CGGAAAGAAUACAGCUAAUUCAUCAACUACGGCAGGAAUUCUUGCUUCCUGGGCAGCAAAUCCAUCUGUUUCAGUGACAUACACAGAUACAAGGUGCCAGUUUGCUGGAAGAUGGCUGUGCGUUUGUUCGAGGCACGAGAUCAUGCAGUUUCAUAUCAGAAAUACAGAUUCUCUCCCCCUGAAAAUCUCCAAAGUGUCAUCUUCUCCUACCUGGAAGAAAAGAAAGUAGACCCCAUUCGGCUGGCAGUGGAUGUCGGCUGCGGGUCGGGACAAAGCACUCGCGUGCUCGCAGCUCAUUUUGAGAAGGUGGUUGGGACAGACAUCAGUGAAGCUCAAAUAGAGGAAGCCAAACAAGCUGCCUCCUUCCCAAAUGUUUCUUACCAUGUGUGCCCUGCAGAGGAGCUGCCAUUUGCGGAUGGCUCUGUGGACCUCAUUACUGCUUUUACAGCUGCCCACUGGUUUGAUAUGCCGAAGUUCAUGAAAGAAGUGGAUCGAGUUCUCAAGCCACAUGGCUGUGUGGCUCUUAGCACCUACACUUCAAACUUCAGUAUGCACUAUAAAGACUGCUCAGAGAGGCUUACAGAAAUCUUCACUGAGACCCAAGACCUUCUCCAAAAAUACGCAGAUGAAAAAGUAAAUCUUCUCAUUGCAGAGUAUAAAGAGGUGUUUGAGUCUGUGCCUUUUCCAGACAAGAAGAGAGUUACCCAGAUCUUAGACAGAAUUCCCAUGUCUGUUUCUGGGGUGAUCGGGUUUUUCCAGUCCUUCUCCAUGUAUCAAGCCUUUCUGAGGAGCGACCCUGAAGGAGCAAAAUCCCUCCUCCAAAAAACUGAAGAAAGGUUCCUGGAGACCAUGGAAGUUUGCUCUAAUGAAACCCAGGUAGAGAUCUGGAUGAGGAGUGUUUCUGUUCUAGGCUGCAAGGGGCCAUGAAUGGAAAAUCCAGCAACGACCCUAUAGUCAAAAGAAUAAUCCCAUUUUUGAUAUUUACUUAUAACUGAUGUUAUCACCUUUAAAAUAUUUGAUUAAGAUCCUAGUAAAGUCAAUGGUAAAGCUCCCUACUCUUCAAUGGGAGACAAUGGAAGCACCAAGUCAAAUCGUAUCAAUAUUAGAAGGGCUUUCGUAGGAUGUUUUUUUCCUAUUUAAAGAGGAAAAGCUCAGUGUUCUGUCUGGCCAUCGUUCAACGAGCAUUGAAAGAAAUCAAGGACCUUUUGCCACACAGAAGGCUGCGGAGAUUGGAUCAUAUAUGGAAUAUGUAAUAAACAUUGUGUUACCUA